CUUCUCCAUCUGGGCGAUGAAAGGAAGCCGCGGCCGCCACUCCGAGACAACCGCCGUCCUCUGGCAGCUCUCGGUGGCUGGUCCCCGGCGUCUGUGUGCGUGGGGGCAUGUGGCUGGGAUUAGGGAAUUUCACUGUGGAUUAAAAUCUCCCCCCGACAACGCCUCCGUGGCCACUUGCUGAAAGAAAAGGAGUCUGUGCGGUGAGCAGCGCGAGAGGUCCAUGGUCUCAGGCCGCAGCUCCAGGAUGCUCCGGCUGCUCCAGGGCCCCCGAGGUUGCAGGUCCCGCCUGGUGACCAAGGACGGGCGCUGCAACAUUGAGUUCGGCAACAUCCAAUACGGCAGCCACUUUGCGUACCUGGCCGACUUCUGGACAACCUUCGUGGAGAUCCGCUGGCGCUUUGUCUUGCUCCUGUUCGUGGCCUCGUUCACGGGCAGCUGGUUCAUUUUCAGCCUGCUGUGGUACUGGGUCGCCAAGAGCAACGGGGACCUGACCGGACAGAACCGCACGGAGGGACACGUCCGCUGUGUGGACAAUGUCAGCGGCCUCACGACGGCGUUCCUCUACUCCCUCGAGACGCAGACCACCAUUGGGUACGGCGGCAGGGCGCUGACCGGGCACUGCGCCGGCACGGUGGCCCUGAUCGUCGUCCAGUCGCUGGUCGGCGUCUUCAUCAACUGCUUCAUGUGCGGCGUCGUCUUGGCCAAGAUCUCGUCGCCCAGGAAAAGGGCCAAGACCGUCACCUUCAGCGGCACGGCGGUCGUCUGCCUGAAGGAAGGCAGCCUGUGUCUCCUGAUCCGAGUGGCCAACCUCCGGAAGACCCUGUUGAUCGGCAGCCAGAUCUACGGGAAGCUGCUCAAGACGUCCGUCGCGCCGGACGGGGAGACCGUCAUCCUGGACCAGGUGGACAUUGACUUCACGGUCGACGCUGGCAAGGACCACUUGUUCUUUGUUUGCCCCCUGACCCUCUACCACGUCAUCGACAGGUCCAGCCCCUUCUACGAGCUGUCGGCCGACACCCUCCCCCAGCAGGACUUUGAGUUGGUGGUCUUUCUGGACGGCACGGCCGAGUCCACCGGCUCCUCGUGCCAAGUGCGAACCUCCUACAUCCCGCAGGAGAUUCAGUGGGGAUACAGUUUCCUGCCCAUCAUCUCCCGCACCAAGGCGGGAAGGUACCGCGUGGACUUCUCCAACUUCUCCAAGAGCGUCCGCGUCGCCACGCCGCACUGCGUCCGCUGCUCCGAGGCCGACGCCGACCAGAGGAACCACAACAGCCGCGGCCGGCAGAAGACCGGCAUCGACAACCUCGGCUUCCAGGUGAACGAGCCCGGCGACUUCGUGGACGUCACCAGAAUGUGAACGGAGCCCGAGAGGAAGUUGUCCUCAGACUGAGAGUGAAAGCUUGGCGAAAUCGGGAUGCGGCACACGCAUAGUGUUUGUAACUUCCUUUCCGGUGAAGUUUCACUGUUAGUCAGACUUUGUGGAAAACGCAGAAUUCCCCGGGGGCGACUUUUUUCAAAUUACUGUCGACACUUUUUGCCUCGAAGCGGCGAAAACAUUCAACGCUGUUAAACGAGAAAAAAAAACUUGAGCGAGAGCUGAGCUGCUCCUUUCAAUGGAAGCGUCCAUGGGACUUUGUGACGGUGAUGUGUGGAAGCUGGAGGACGACGGAUUGGAGGUUGGACGUGUAGAGAAAUGAAAGGGGUAAAAUACUGGAUGGCACAGCGGGCGCCACCGGAGGAGAUUAGGGCCUGAGCCUUUUAUGAUGAAAAAACUGUGGGCUGCAACGGCUGCGCCAGGACAAAAAAGAAAUUAGGAGAGGCCUUUAGAGUUUCCUCAUUAUUCCUACUAAUUUGCUAACUUGUUGACUCGUGUGCCUUGAUAAUAAGGAAACUGCGAACGUAGCUCCGGUGAACGAGACCAUUUCAACUGUGACCAGUCUGCGAUUCGUAGGUCAGGUUGUGUAACACAGGAACUUCUCAGGGAAACUAACUUCUGUAGGCGGAAUAAACUUCUUCUUAUCUCA